UUGUGUAACAAGCCGGGGUCUGCAUACGGCUCUCAAGCCAUACCUUCUACAGUAUCGAUCAAAUCCAAGUGAAGGAGGAUUUAGGCGUAUAAAGUUGGCUUUGUGCGUGGCUGUAGUGGCCAUCUUUGGAUUCUACUUUGGAAGGGGGGGCUGGCGCAGUGCUCGGGGGGGAUGUUGGAGCAGCGAUUUCAUCUGUCGGGAUGGGAUAAAGCGUCAUUUGGGACCCCCCCCCCCCCAGCCAGACUACAGGAUCGUUCAUGUGGCCACUUGGCCUACUAGCGACAUGCCAGAAACUCUUGCUGCUCUAACAGUUACACGGCACUGAAAUCACCGCAAAACUGCGAGGACCUAUAGGAAGAAAGGGGUCAAAAACUGUUUCAGUGCAAUCCGGGUCUUGGAAGUGUCCCCGUGCCGCGUCUUCGCGCAGCGGUCCAGCCACUCAUGCAGUGAACCAUUAACACAAAGCCUGCUGCAGUGGCAUCCUGUACACCAGGCAGGCAGCGACUGCCCCCUCGUCUUGCCCCAGGGGCCUUCCCUGAAGAAAAAUAAACAACAAUGGAAGACAAACGCAAGAAGCGCAGCCCAAAGGUGUCUCUCCCGCAGCCCCCUCCUCCCCCCAUCAACCCCCGCAAACUCUCCGUCCUGCCUGCCAGCAAAAGUGCCACCUUCUCUCUCGGCCUGCCGCAGCCUCCCUCCCCGAAGAACAGAGGCAAGUAUAAGAGGUCCAUAGGGGCACCGGGGCAGCCCAAAGAGGUGCUGGCGGCCGUCGUAGCUCCACCAAAGACCACCAGGCCCCACAAGGAGAAGCCCAGGGCCCCCCAGCCAGCAGGGCCCAGCAAAGUAAUCCAGUCUUCCCCCUUGCAGCACUCCUUUCUCACGGAUGUCUCGGACGUGAGAGAGAUGGAGGGAGGGCUCCUCAACCUCCUCAACGACUUCCACUCAGGCAAACUACAGGCUUUCGGUAAGGUGUGCUCCUUUGAGCAGCUGGAGCACGUGCGGGAGAUGCAGGAGAAGCUGGCGCGAUUGCACUUCAGCCUCGACAGCCACGUGGAGGAGCUUUCAGAGGACCAGAGGAAGUGCGCCUCGGACCACAACCUGGAACACCUGCUCAGUAACCUGGAGGAACUAAGCACCUCAAUACAAAAGCUCCACUUGGCUGAGAACCAAGACCUGCCCAAGACAUCUGGUCCCUGACAAAGUGAGGAGUGGAGGACGGCGACCAAACACUCAUCUUCUCCCAACAUCUAGCCAGUCCAGGUUGCCAUGGCAUUGAUCCAGCUGCCUUAGUCACAGGAUGGAAAGAUCCACAGGAGGGGGGGGGGGGGCUAUGUUUUCCAUUUGGUAAGUGAAGCUGAGGGAACGGUACAGUGACUCAAAGCAGCGGAGCAUUAAAUGAACACUCAACCAAAAUCAUAAACCCCUCAUUCAUGGCACAAGAAAUGACAAGAGGCUUUACGUAAGAGUUGUAGGAGAAAAAAACAUUUUGUGUUAAAGUUUUUAAUAACUUUCUGGCAUCAACUAACUUGGCUUCAGUGAGUAGUUAAGUCAUUUGGUAACAAAUAACUGAAUCCAAGUGAGUUGUUGGUUUCUCUGUUUUCCAUUACAAAAAUCACAUUUCAUGAGAGUUUACGCCUGUAUAUUGUGUUUUUUUCUUUUAAAUUUCAUGUUAUGCCUGCCUCUUUUGCGUAAUUUGACAUGGUACAUGUGUCUGUCAGCAAAUUAAUGAAAUGUGAGCCAUACUUACAUAGCAAGUAGCAAACAGCAAACGUACAUGGCUCUUUUUGACAACACCACUGUCGUUAGCUCUUACGUUUUAAGGGAGUCUUCACCUUUUGCUGUUAUUCUGAUUGCACUCUCUAAUUUUAUAUCUUUGCUAAAAGUUUUAAUACUGGAAAACUGACUGGAUUUAACAAUACCUGGCUGACCCUCUCUUAUAAUCGUGCAUUUUUAAAAGGGACUAUGUAAGGAGACCUAAUGUAGAAAAAGUAUGUUUGAUAAACUUAUACUGUAUGUAAAAUGGUUAAUGAUGUUUCGCCAAUGUGCAGUUCAACUACUGUAUUUGUUGACACUGGUGGUUUAAAACAAGUGAAGUA